UCACGUACGUAAAACUAAAGAAGUGACUUUCCCAACUGGUUUUCCCUCGCACAAAACUCAAAAGAAAAUAGAAAGAGAGAUCUGAACUUCCAGAGAUUUUAUAGGGUUUAAUAUCAUUGGCUACAAGUAAAAAAAAAACAAUGGAAUUAGGGAUAUGGACUGUUUGGUUGGUUAGAGCCGCUUGGAUCGCUACUAUUCUUCUUAUGGUGAUCGGUUCGAUACCAAUUUCUAAGCUGAGAUUGUUUCAUGAACUCAUGUUGAUUUUUGCGGGUAGAGGCAAGAUUCUUCAGCCGUCUUCUUCUCAGAAGUGGACAGUUCCUCAGAAAUAUUUUUCUCACUUCUACGUUGUCGGAGUGGUGUGGACAACUUUCCUGUUCGCCAUGACUUGGAUGUAUGCCUUAAAAAUGGCGCCAUUAACCGGAGGUUCUCAUGUUGAGCAUUGGUUUAAAGUGUGGCGAGCAGUGUUUCUACUCCUUCUGAUGGAAAUCCAUGUUUUGAGACGCCUUAUAGAGUCAUUCUAUGUAUUCAACUAUAGCCCUUGUGCUCGGAUGAACAUUCUUGGUUAUUUCACCGGAUUGUUGUGAGUCUCUUAAGAAACUCAUGAACAUUUCAAGAUUUAUAUAGUUUAAUUGCCUUUUGCUUGGCUUUCUAGUUUAUCACUCUCCAUCAAUAUAGCUCCAGAGGUGGUAACAUUCGCCGGAAAUCAAGUGGCUGGGUUCAUUGCUAAAGGAAAAAGCCAUACCUCAUCCCCUGAGUUCGAUUUAUUUUAAUCUUUAAGUCCUCUGAUGAAGCUUGGAUGGUGCCAAAUGAUUGGUGCCGUCAUUUUUCUUUGGGGAUGGAUACAUCAGCGCCGCUGUCACGCAAUUCUCGGAUCGCUCCGGAAAAGUCCUAGCCAAGCGAAAGAGUACAUAAUACCACAUGGAGAUUGGUUUGAGAUGGUCUCUAGUCCACAUUACUUGGCAUAAAUAGUUUUGUAUGUGGGCUUGCUACUUGCGAGUGGAGGAACAGAUGUUACUAUCUGGUUACUCUUUGGUUUUGUGGUCGGGAAUCUGACUGUGGCGGCUGGAGAAACUCACCGGUGGUAUCUCCGGAAGUUUGAGAAUUAUCCGGCUAACCGGAGUGCCAUUUUCCCUUAUGUUUACUGAAUGGUUUAAGAGAGAGAGAGGAAAGAGAGAGGAACACAACUUGACCAAUGCUAAUUGCUACGGUUCGCAUCUUUAUGUUUUUUUUUUCUUUCUUAUGUUUAUGUUUGGGUGUCUUUUGUUUGUGAAAUUUAAGAAUUGUAUUGUUAUCUUCUCAGUUAAUGAAUGUAGUAAAGUUUGGAUGUUUAUUCUUUAGAAAACAGAGACUUCCAUAAGUAAGUCUUUUUUUGUAGUGGAUUUAAGAAGUGAGAAGCUAAUUAUUCACUUUUUAUUUACUUAUUCUCUUUUUACGAUUUGAGAAGCAUAUAUUGCUGUUGUUCAUGUAUGUUGAUAAUUAUUAUCAUUAUUGGUACUUAUAAAAAUAAAUGAAAGAAAAAAAGUAUUUCUUAAAACUAUUUGAACACUGUUUAGGCAUAAAAGUAUGUCGUUUUGAAGAACUAAUUUUAUCCCAAAGUAAGUAUAUACUUGAUCUUCUUAAUAAAACUAGUUGAAGGCUAACCAGCACAAUAUGGGAUUACAAUCUACUGUAAGAAAUGUAUAAUAAAUACAAUUACAAUACCAAGGGGUUCAUGUAUAUAAUCAAGGUGAUUUUCCUUGAAUAUAUGACUAACAUGAUUGAUACUUGCAUUUAGUAUAAUUAUUCACUGUAUAUUUAAUAACAUGAUCACCAGGAGGAUUUAGGAAUUAUCAGUGACCAUGACCGCUUGUGCCUUGUGUUUGCAUCUAUGGAUGUUAAAUGGAGAAAAAUAUGUCUAUGAAAUGAAAUAAAACACCACAAAGCCAACCUAUUAACGGCAAACUUGUACGAUAAGUAAGUUUUUAAUUACAUUCAUUGACUUAAUUAGGGGAGAUCACACGUAAUACAGAGAGAUUGAUUCCCACGUGGGUUGUGAUCGAAGCGAAGUCACAUGGUUAAAAACUAAAGUGACUUCACAAAUGGUUUUCCCUCGCACACCAAAUUUGAAUAAAAUAGAAAGAGAUCUUUACUUCCUUCUCCGCCCACCGCAAGAAAGUAUGGAACUAGGGAUAUGGAUUGUUUGGUUGGUUAGAGCCCCUUGGAUCGCUGUUAUACUUCUUAUGGUGAUUGCUUCCAUACCAAGUUCCAAGCUGAGAUUGUUUCAUGAACUCGUUUGGAGUUUCACUGGUAGAGGAAAGAUUCUUCUUCCCUCGUCUUCUCAGAAAUGGACAGUUCCUCAGAAGUACUUUGCUCACUUCUAUGUCUUUGGAGUGGCGUGGACAACUCUCUUGCUAGCCAUCACUUGGAUGUAUGCUUUCAAAAUGGCGCUUUUAUCGUCUGAGGAGUUCAUGUUUUCAAGACACUUAACCGGAGGUUCUCAUGUUGAGAGUCAGUUUAAAGUGUGGAGAGCAGUGUUCCUACUUUUUCUGAUGGAAAUACAAGUUCUGAGACGCCUUAUAGAGUCAUUCUACGUAUUCAAGUAUAGCCCUUUUGCUCGGAUGAACGUUCUUACUUACCUCGGCGGAUUAUAUUACUAUGCAGCAGCGCCUUUAUCACUCUGCGUCAAUCUAGUGGCUGAGUUCAUUUCUGAAGGGAAAGACCAUACUUCAUCCCCUGAGUUUGAUUUAUUAUCGUCUUUAAGCCCUCUUAUGAAGCUUGGAUGGUGCCAGUUGGUUGGCGGAAUCAUUUUUCUAUGGGGAUGGUUACAUCAGCGCCGCUGUCAUGCAAUUCUCGGAUCGCUCCGGGAGAAUCCUAGCCAAGCGAAAGAGUACAUAAUACCACAUGGAGACUGGUUUGAGAUUGUCUCUAGUCCACAUUACUUGGCAGAAAUCGUUUUAUACGUGGGUUUGGUGAUUGCUAGUGGAGGAACAGAUAUAACUGUCUGGUUACUCUUUGGUUCCGUGGUUGGGAAUCUAUCAUUAUCGGCUGGAGAAACUCACAGGUGGUAUCUACGCAAGUUUGAGCAUUACCCGGAUAACAGAAAUGCCAUUUUCCCUUAUGUUUACUAA